AUGAUUUUCAAAAAAUGUUCUUUGUCUUUCCAGGCCAGGAUAAGAGCGUCUAUAUCGUGGGUUCUUCAGAAAGCCUAUGGCAACAACAUUCCUUCAGACUUCACAGAUCCCUUCUACGAGACCGAUACAGGGAGCUGGUUAAUCAAGCCUAUAUUAGUCAAUGCUCUAUCAUCCAGUGAGGUCUAUUGUAAUGCCUGCUCAAAUAUUUUUCCAGAAACUGUUCUGCAAAGGCAUGGUCAUUCAGCCAUUUUACAUAUUCUAUCCAGAAAGUCUAUUUAUGUAACAGACUCUGAUGAUGUGGCUGUUACAGAAACAGUUUUACAGAAAACAGCUCCCUUUCAUGUGAAGGGGCAUCUAGCUUUAAUCAAUGGCUUGAUGAUGGCGUAUGCAGCAGAGACAGCCAGCGUAGAGAAUGUGGUCCAGGCAGUACGAAGAGUGACCACAUUCAAUGCUUCCAGUGAGCUGCCCUCCACUGUUGAAGACUCUAUUGUGUUCUGGAUCAAUAAGAUUUGUAGUGCUUCUCAAUUUGCUGUGGGCAAUCAGGUCAUUCAAGGAGAGACCAGACGGGAACCUUACCCUGUGAUAGAGAAUCUCUCAGAAGAUAUUGGUGAUGGUUGUUCUCUUGCCUGUCUUAUUACUUUCUACUGUCCCAAAUAUCUUAAGUUUACAGAUAUCUGCAUGAAGGAAAACGUUGGAAUUGCGGACUCCCUGUAUAAUUUAAGACUUGUGAGGACAUUUUGUGAGAAACAUCUACCCUCAAAGUGCUUUCACUUCACUUACGAGGACCUGCUGUACAGUACCAACAAAAUGCGGGAAAAUAUCAUAGUGCUAUUGGCCGAACUUUUCUACUGGUUCGAACUUAAUCCGGCGUCGUGCGUUCAGCGUUCAGGCAACAAGGAUGCAGACACAGAAGGUAGGUGGUGUUCUGCAGUGUUACGUUUUGUGGUAGCAAAAACCCCAAGUAAUUGA